CGGCGAAUGAAAUUUUCUUCCCUUUAUAUAAACUAUUUGCUCCACAACCCCUGUUUCUUCGUUCCUUUUCUUUCUUUUUAUCCUUUUUUCCUUUCUUAAAAUAUCUAUUUUUAUUGUGGACUAUGCCUGUUAUGAAAAAACGACACCAUCAUUGCCAUUCUGAACCAAAACUCUUUCAAUGUACUGGUUAUGGUGAUUGUAAUAUGGUAUUUACACGUAGUGAACACUUGGCAAGACAUGCACGAAAGCAUACUGGCGAAAAACCAUUCAAAUGUGUGGUACCUGGUUGUGAACGUACUUUUAGCCGUUUCGACAACAUGAUUCAACAUACCUCGACUCAUAAUAAAACUCAUGACAAAAAACGGGUACAAAACAAGCAACAAGAUAAAACAACAACAACAACAAAAAUAAUGGAAAGAACAAAAAAACAACCUCCCAAACUUUUGGCUCCUCUCCUAUCACCAACAAUCCAAUCACAUAUCUCCUUACCUGUAUCACCUUCAGCAGAACCAGAUGCAAUAUCUUAUUCUCAACGGCUCCCAUCUAUCAGUGAUUAUCGACCAACUUCCAUGGGUUACUUUUCUCCUUCUCUGACUUUUUUGCCAUCACCUAAAGAACUCGGACUCCAUGAUAACGCGCCAUUGACUCCUCCACCUGCGGAAUGCGAUCAAAGUAUAAGUAGUCAUGAUUCUUGGUCAACCAUCAGUCUACCUUCGCCAUCGAUAUCAUCUUUUGAUUGUCGUCCUUUGACUCGAAAUUUGUCUACAGUGGAAUUGGCUUUGCCUAUACAAGAUCUCUCUGUGACUCAUGGUCUAGGUGUAAAUGGUAUCCUUCCUUUGACUUUGAAUGAAUUUGAAGCUUUACAAGGUAUUUCUCGAUUAUAUUCGUCUCAACGUCCAUCAUCAUCAUCAUCAUCAUCAUCAUCAUCAAGAACCACUUUUAUGUGCAUCGGUGGCAGUCAAGUCAAUUCUUUUCGACAACAUUUGGCUUUAGCUCAUGAAUCAAGUUCCCGUUUAUCUCUCCAACAUUAGUCUCUCUUCAUCUCCAAAAAAAAAAAAAAAUUCCCCCUACCCUUUUAUCUUCAUUCCCCCCUCUAAUCUUUAUAUAUAGUAUAUAUAUUUAUUAUUAUUAUUAUUAUCUUGAAUUUUUCUAUCUUCCCCUUCUCUAUUAUCCAUUCACUUAACUUUUUUUUUAUUAUUAUUUUUUAUCAAUUUUCCAAACAUACAACCCUCUUAUUUUUUUCUUCUUUGUAUAUAUUUCCUUUUGCACACCAUCCAUCAAUUUAUUGUCACACAUAUAUCUUUACAGCUAUAUUUAUGUAUACAUCUCCCCCUCUUCUCUUUGUAUCUUUUGUAAUAAACAUGAUUUUC